AUGGGAAAGUUUUGGUCACACGGCCGGAUGGCCAGACGACCCCUUGUUCUCAUGUUUACUGCAUUGGUUUACAACACCUUGUUGUCUGGAUUGGAAGCAUGCUGUCUUACCAAAACACAGUUGCAGCGAAUUGACAGCAAAGUGCUGUCAUAUGGCCGCCAGCUUAUGCGCGGAGAAGCAUGUGUCAAACUCGUUUCUGAAGAUGGGUCCACCGAGUCAUUACCCAGUCGCAAAGUGUGGAAGUAUCUUGAGUUGGUGCCUACUUCAAUUGAGCUAGCCGUCAGACGACUUCAGUUUUGGCAGGCGGUUGCCCGCAACAUUGCGGCACACACUCCAGUGCUGGCUGUUGUGUUCGGUUCUUUUAAAUGGGAAGCGGCAUCACCUCUUGAUGAAGCAGGCAAACUCACGCCAGCAGCGGGGUCAUGGGCUCAACAGUUGUACGCAGAUGUACAGAUACUCGCUGAGCACGACGAUGGCUACAUGCUGGUGCGAGACAUGGGCGAUCAACCAUUACUCUUGUUCACACAUCUUCGCGAGCAGUUUGUACAAGUUGACGUCACUGUACUCAAGCGUGCCUACCAAUCAGUCGCAAUACCCCCACCAGGCUCGCAAGAGGAACCGCUGGCGGCUGAUGUUGAAGUGCAUGGCGAUGCGUGCUCUUAUCGUUGCACGUGCACACUGCCCGAUGGCGGCACAUGCGGUGCAGCAUUCAAAACCAAGCAGCAGUUGGCCAUGCACAUACGGUCCACAAAGGGAGGCACCCAUGGCGAGGUGCCUGCGGAUGCCAAAGCCACUGUGUCGAAUGUCUGUCCAUGGUGUAGAGCCAUAUUUGCCAGCAAACGUGUUGCUAGAACGCACAUCCGAAUGGCUAUCAGCAAACGCAAGUGCAGUGGUAGGUCAAGCAAUCAUACCUUCACCAUUGAACAUCCGCAGUCAAUGGAGUGUAGCUUCUGUUUGCAGGAACAUGAGAAUGUGGAGUCGUUGCUGGCGUGCAUCACUACUCACGUGGCAGGACCAUACAUCCUUGUUCCGACCAACAGUAGAGCUGACCUUCUGUGCCUCGAACGAAGCAUGGAUUCGUGGCUCAAAGGCCUCCCAGCACACAAGAAAGUCAAGCACCAGGAGCCCAAGCAGGUGUCGACUCAUGAGGUUGAAGACAUCCGCAACAAGAUCAUCGAUUUGGUGGCCAAGCUGACCCUCAAACACGACCUGGCCAUCAGUCAGCUUGAAGCCGCUACCUUCCGCACCAUCUUGAGUACCAGGGACGACCCAUACCUCAUCGAGCACCAAAACGCAGUGCAAGAGUUCAUUGCGAAGACGCAGCACUUGCACAAGGGCAACCCGGAGGGCAAGGACGCACGAGCUAACCAGACAAGAACGGAGGAUGAAGGAGAGCCACACAUCUACGGUUGGUCUGCCAUGAUCUUGGCCGCCAUCACAGACGAGUCGGCCCCCAAAGACUCGCAAGAGAUUUUGAAGAAGCACGCCGAGAGCAUUACUGAUCCCAAGAUGUUGUUGGAUCUAGUCUUCGUCUGCCGCACCAGACGCUGCUACGACAAACGCCAGCUUCGGGUGCACUUCUCUGUGCAUCCCUCCUUGGAGCCAGUUUUAGCUGCUCUCACCAAGUGCUUCGUCAACAGGGGCGCUAAGUUGAAGCGGGGUCUACCACCGAAGAGUGGGGGAGCCAGAGAGUUGCAACGCCUACUGAGUGAGCUAGAGGGAAUAGGCCUCUGA